CAAACACGCUUCAACAUCGUUUCUGUUUUGUGUUCAAAAUUCGAAAGAAAACCAUUGUUUUCACCUCUUUACAAACAAAUAAUACAAAUGGCAUUAGUUCUGCCUACAGAUAGAGUGACAUAGAUAUUUGAAAAAUACCAAUUUAUGAACUGUAAACAAUCAAAAUGGUGAAAUUGACACCAGAACUUAUCGAGCAGUCUGCCCAGUUCACGAAUCCUGUUCGAGACCGGGAGCUCGAUUUGAGAGGUUACAAGAUACCAGUCAUUGAAAAUCUUGGAGCAACCCUUGAUCAGUUUGAUACGAUUGACUUCACAGAUAAUGACAUCAGGAAACUGGAUGGAUUCCCUUUGUUAAAAAGGCUUAAAUCGUUACUUCUCAGCAACAACAGAAUUGUGCGAAUAGCAGAAGGGCUUGACGAAUGCAUUCCUAACCUCGAAGAAGUUGUGCUGACCAACAACAAUUUACAAGAGCUGGGCGAUCUUGACAAUUUAACCCCAUUAAAAAAUUUAAAAUCUUUAAGUUUGCUGAGGAAUCCAGUCACAAUGAAGAAACACUACAGAUUAUAUGUUGUACACAAACUGCCACAGGUUCGGUUACUUGAUUUUAGAAAAGUUAGGUUACGGGAAAGGGAAGCAGCCGCUCAGAUGUUCAAAGGAAAACGAGGUCAGCAGCUCGCUAGGGAGAUUGGCAAACGAGCAAAGACAUUUGUGCCUGGUGCUGGUAUACCAGAGAAGAAACAGCAGCCAACUGGUCCAACUAAAGAAGAGGUGGAUGCCAUCAAGGCUGCCAUUGCCAAUGCUAGCACACUGGAGGAAGUGGAGAAGCUCAACAUGAUGUUGCGUUCUGGCCAAAUUCCUGGUCAGUUCAAGAAAGGUGUCGUCAAUGAUGCUGAAGAGGUUGAAGAAGUAGAAGAAAUGGAGGCGGAGAUGUCGAAUGGAGCGUACCAUUGAAAGACAUCCACAGGGCUUGUUCAUUUGUGUUCAUUUUGUAUGAUAAACCGCAUGAAUUGGUUGAAGCACUGUGGAACUAGACUUGUCUGAAGAGUAUCUUAUCCAUGUUGUGGUCCCUUCUGUUCAUGUUAAGUUCAGUCAAUAUCCAUGGGUUCGACCUUCAGUUAAGAGUAUCUGACCUCACUUGCGACGGAAAAACAUUCUCAUCAAGUUUAAGUGUUUAAGUAUCUACCAAUGAAAUAAAUCAUCUUGCGUAUAAACCCCAGCUUUUAUUCUUACCAAAUUGAACGAAUCUUUAAUACUCUCUUUUAAGAAGGUAGGGCUAAGCUGAAAAAUCCAACUUGCGCUUUCUGGAAAAUUUUACAACGUGUCCCAUCAUUUCCUGGAAUGAAUGGUAUGGAAUGAAUUUUAUCAUGUUUUGAAGCAUUAGGCUGAUGAUAUUUUCUGUUGUAACCCUUGAUGAUGUUGUGUCAUCUGCCCUGGUGUUCAUCAAGAUUCUCAAAGUUGUUUAAAGCUCGGAACUAUUGUCUUUUUCAGGUUGUUCUUGGAGGAAACUAGGCCUACCCCAACAUCUCUUCAUGUAUAUUAGAUAUUUAAACUGAUACUUACUACAUAUAUACACUUUGAAUCUGAAGUGUAAUGGGUUAUGAAGCGAUUGGUUUUAUUUUCAUUCCAAGGCAUUUUCUUAGAUUGGUUUGUGGGUACUAAACCUUUAGACCAGAGAAAUAACAUAUCAAACAGCUUAAAACAUUUUUUGAAAAAUUUGUUUCUUUUUAAUUUUUUUACCAGACAUUGGAAAGACCAGAUGAAGGUCAAAGAUGGAAAGAGGCUAGAAGGUCCAUAUUUUAGGCCAUCUCUUCUCCAGAACAAAGCACAUGAAUUUUAAUCAAGAUUGUUGACAUUUUUUUCACCUCGGAAUAUGUAUCCAUAGGCCAUUACCUAAGGAAACCGCCUUUGAUUUUGUACUGGUAUUUGAUAUUAUGCUCUGAACGUGAUAUAUGAUACACUUUUUUUUUGCUUUGUGCCUGAAUUUGGCAAAUACUUGUCUUGCUAAAUCAUGUAUUCAGGUUACGAAAUGUUCUUAGUCAAUAAAUGCUGAGAAGCUUGAUGAAAA